UUUGUGACACAAAUAUAAACAAGCUGUUUCAAAACAAGAAAAUUUCUAGCCAGAAACUGUUAAUGUAAAAAUCUACAAAGUUGAAUGUACCCACGAAGCAACCAACAAACACUGGAACCUAACAUGAUAUAUGACCACAUAGAAGUAUCAGCCCUCAUGUUUUCUUACCAUAGCUUCUUGAUUCAGCAAGGAUGAACGAGCACCAGGCACCCGUCAAACCCAAAGCGAUGUGCAAUUCGAGUUGGAUUUAAUUCUCAACAUAAAGUUGUUCGGUUGUCGAUUCAGUCAUCUAACUCAAGAUUGUGAAACAGAAGGUAACCAGACCAAAAGACUAUUUGAUUGCAUAUUGCUUUGAUAUAAUCUCUGUAUUCAUUUUCCGAUCUAAUACUGGCUCAACUCGAUUCCUGGACACAGAGUGAUACACCCCCGGAAAAUAUGGAUCUACCAUUGCAUCCAGAAUUAAAACAGCUAUAGUAUAGCUUACCGAUAUGCUGCGCAAAUCAUUUCUGCAGUAUUGUCCCCGGGGAGCCUGUGUAUUCCUGACCCCCUCAAACCGUCAUUCAUAGCUUGUUUGGCCUGCACAGCAAACCCAAACGAUAUAUAAAAAAAAGCACGUUAAUGGUGAUAAAGAGAAAUCUUCAUUAGUCCAGACUAAGCGCCACUAGUCCACUUUCGUAGAAAUCACAUUCCCUGCUGUAGAAAUCCUUAUAUUAUUGGUACUGUUCCAAGUUGAAGCUGAGAUCAGGCACUAGAACUCAAGGAGGGGUAAAGGCCAAGACCAGAUUCCUACCUUGUUCAGACUCAUACAACAUUAUAAUUUCCUCACUUCAGUUUGGGUUCUCCCCUCUGCAGUACCAAGCUAUGCUACAAGGUCCUUUUGGGUUCCAGUUCUCCCACCACAAAUUAAAUGAUGGGGCAUUAUCGAGCAUUGAGCUAUAUUAGUUGCUUUAAUCACUUUCUUCCACACUCGUGAUCCUUGACCAAGGAUCAUCUGGUAAAUCCUUGCAGUUUCCAGCCAACAAUUAUCCAGAUAACAGACAUGAUAGUGGACAUAUAGAUCGAUAAUAUUAGGUGAUACUCCUUGAUCGAGGGGAGAGCCGAACUGCUCUCUAGAUGAUAGGUGAUACUCAACCAAGGAUUUACCUGAUCUCAUACUGUUAUACUCACCUAUGUUCAAACCUUGCUGUGUAGUAUCACCCAUUAUCUAUCAAGGUCCAAACAUAAUCCUAGUAUUAAUAAACACAACAAAUCUACGUGUAUGUUCCAGCCUUGAACUCAGCAUCACCUAGAUAAAGGCUUUCUGAUUGAAUUACUAUCAUAUCAAAAGACAAAAGUUAUAAAAAAACCUAUGAUCGCUGAGUUUGAUACCUUUCCUUUUCUCAUUUGUGCAGAAAUGGCUAGACAAUUCAAGACCACAUAAAGCUCACAACUAAUUCACGGCUCAUUCAAGAGUAGACGUUCGAACUCCACGAUAACAGUUCAACAAGAGAGCGUGAUGAAAACAAUUAAACAAAAAUGCAAAAUGAAUCAUUAUUCUCCAGUGCCGCCAAUGACCCACAAGAAUACUAUACCUGAUUCAAGAUUAAGUUAAUCAGUCAACUGAGCACAAAGAAUAAGAAUUGUGAGCAGCCAAUGCUCAAUGAUUGGUAAUGAUAGUUGAAUAUAUCUAAUAUUAUAUAUAAGAUAAUUAAGUGGAAUUUCAAACCUCGUCAUCUUACUCCUACACGGAGAACACUUUAACUGUUAAAUGGCAUCACAGAAACUGUGGCGAUAAAAAGCAAAGCGAAUCAAUACCAGACAGGAAUCUGGAGCCAUAAGGGAAAUUAGAAUUCAAAGAAUGACAAGAGUAAAUACGAUUUUAAUCGGGCCAAAAACAAAUGAGAGAAAAAUUGAACCAAACAUAAAGCAGAGAGUGGGGUGGGUGGUCUGGCAUGCCCUAGUGGAACCGAAAUCACUCCCAGAAUGCUUAUAUUAAAUAACACACACAGAGAUAUAUAAUGCAACUUGAGGUGGAGGGUAGGAUAGAAAGAAGCCAAGCACUCAUAUAUUAUGCGCACCCAAAGGGACUCCAAGUAGCCCCCAUAGGCCAUAGAUGACUCACAAGAUCUAUAAAACAAAGAAUGAUCAAAACUCAAAAGGGUCCCAUGCACAACCACACUUCUUGUGUCAAUGCUCUGCAACAAAUGAUGCUUCGAUAAUUUUUGUUUUUAUUUUUGAAUUGGACUGAAAUUGGAAUCCAAGUGAUGGGUUCUCCUUUUAAUCAUUGCACUCUCAUAUACAAAAUAUGAAAAUAACCAAGUGCAAAGGAGGUGAGAGAUAAAGGAGGGAAUAAUACGUCUAAGAUUUAUGCUUAUAGCAUCUAACUCCCCUCUCCCUAUCUCCACUUUCAUUUUUCUUCUCUAUCUUCUAUUUGAUUAUUAAUAUACAUAGGCAUGCAAUGCUACUCAUAUCUAAUUUCGGCGAUACGAAUGUUGAAAAGUGAAAACUACAGUACUGGAACGCCAGAACUCGAAAGACACAAACUUUUAGAAGGAAUAUAAGAAUAUGUCGGCUAAUGGCUUCACUAUACAAAGGAAAGCAACCCCUCGUCCACCCUUUUACUUCUAAUUUUGGCAAAUCCCCCAGGCCCCUACUUGAUUAUUUGUUCAUAUGCUCAUAACUUGUGUGCUGUGAGAUAAGGUAUAAAGAUGAGAGAAAAAUCCUCCUGUUAAAGCAAGGAUAUACCUCACAUUCGUAGAGACAACGCGACUUUCAUGGUUAACAGAGUAUGAAUGGGCUAUAAUGGCAUUUUUGCUGUAUAAUUUAACUUGGCGCAGCAUUAUAUAAAUAUAUAUCCUACAGAGGAGGAAUCAGAACAAAGAACAAAAGGAUGAAGUUUCAAGUGAGAAACUCAUGUACAGAACGACAGUAGAUGUGCAGAAAACUAAGAGAUUCGCCUCUCUUUUCUCAAGUUCUGUGAAUGACUUGAAAUGGUCCCGAAAAUCGAAAAUUAAUACAACAUGACAUGAGAUGGGUCAUGUCACUGUCCUUGGACUACUGAGAGAAAACAUGUGAAAAUAACUCAACUUCCCUUAGCUCUAAGGGUUGCUUUCAUGAAAUUGUACAUGAGUUUCAUAAAGGAACUUUUGAGUGCACGAACUGAUAAGUUUUGUGAAGCAAGAGAAAAUAAUAAUAUGCUUAGAGCUCAAAAAAGAUAAAAGAAGAUGAGUCUUCCUUUUGAAUCUACUUUUAUGUUUGAUGUUAUAGAAAUCAACUGUGACAUUAAACUUUCCCUCUUAUGAACAAAAUACGAAUUGGGAGAUUGAAAGCAUUCAAGAAGUCACCUAAAUGGAAGAAUAUAAUGCAGCCAGACUUUUGGACAAUGUAAGAUAAACGUUUGUUUUUGUCAUGCCAUAAAUUUAAUACUCUACUUAAGCACGGUCGAACACAAUUCCCUCAAAGCGAAGAUCACUUAUACUAUAAUUCACAAAUUGGUCAUAUUUGAUUUUUUAUGAAUUUUUAAAGGAGUGGAAUCCAAUACAUUUGACGCAAAAUCAAAGGAUUACCUGAAUAAGACUGCAGGUCGAAAACGACAUAGGGAGAUAUGAUACAGAUUCUCGGCAACCAAAUCACCAAAGCAUGAGGCCAUUUGCAAAAAGGACUGAUGUGAUGCACAAAUCAUCCCUGCACGACAGGUACGUUUAUUAACAGCGAAACCCCACAUAAGAAGUUUUGUGUAAACUGAUACGCACCACAAACAUUGGCAAGUUUAACUUGGAUUCACAUAAUAACAUGCAGGAUUCAGAUGCAAAGCAUGUGUUGUUUGUCAUGACCUGAUGACCUCCAAAACCUUGAGGUGCUGAAAUACACAGCCAUUGCAAGUUCCCACUUGCUUCACAAUCUUACGUAAUUUUGUGUGAAGCAGUGGCGAGCAGCAUCAUUUGUCUAGCAGGCAGUACCUAAAAUAACUCUUUUUUUCCAAUUCUACAAGCACCCAAAAAACUAUUUGUGAAGCACGCAUGUGCACCAGAAGCAGCUAAAAAACAAAGGUAAACAUCCACCAAAGGUGACUUGUGACACCAAAUCGGCAGUGUAUUGCAGCACACUGAUUUGCCUCAUUGUGGAGGUAUGAUAUUUCCAAACGGAAAGAAAGAAAAAGCAUUGCUGUGCAUAGGGAUAGAUUCCUACAGAUGAUUGAUCCUCUAUCAAUGGCAUGCUUAAUUUCUCACUUCCUAAAAAUAAACACUGGCAUAGUGGCAUGCCUCAUUUCCAGUCAUAGAAGUCUAAAAGCAAGUAGCUCUGAAUGCUUUAUGUGCCACCAUGGCCAGAUGUGUACUGUAUGUCAGGUAGAGAAAGAAGAUGGAAUUAAAGUGAACUCAUGAAGAGAUGAAAAUAAAUAUAACUAAGAGUUAGUGACAGAAUAUUUUCAGAAAGAAAAGAAAAGAAAAAAGCAAUGAGGGUCCCACCUACAUCAGACUUAGCAUGAUUUGUACCCUCCACUAUAUAUUUGGGCGCCCCAGUUCAGUUUAGGAGCCAAGUUAAACAACUUCUUCUCUUGCUCAUAGAAACCAUCUAUAACAAUUAUCAGUACCAUGCCUGUCAACUGUGUUGCACCAAAACCAGAGUAUGAGAGCAAAGCCCCAGGAGAAAGUCUGUCAGGGAAGAAUGAACCAAGUAAUGUGGCUGUGAUUGCCUACCCACUACCACCUGAGACACAAUCUGUCAUCCAACUCAGAGUAUUUCCCAUAGCUUUGAAGUUUGAGGAGGUGGUCUACAAAGUUAAACGGGAAGAGAAAGGAUCAUGCUGGGGAGGUACAUGGCACGGUAAAGAGAAAACUAUACUGAACGGAAUUUCAGGAAUGGUUUGCCCUGGAGAGAUCCUAGCUAUGUUAGGCCCAUCAGGCAGUGGUAAAACCACCCUCCUCACAGCCCUCGGAGGCCGGCUCAAUGGUAAAUUAUCAGGAAAGAUCACAUACAACGGGCAGCCGUUUUCUGGCGUCAUAAAGCGACGCACAGGGUUUGUAGCCCAAGAUGAUGUUUUGUACCCACAUCUAACUGUGAAUGAAACUCUCAUGUUCACUGCACUGUUAAGGCUUCCCAAAACCUUAACCUGGGAAGAGAAAGCCCAGCAUGUAGAACAGGUGAUCAUUGAGUUGGGAUUGACUCGCUGCAGAAACAGCAUGAUAGGUGGCCCACUGUUUAGAGGAAUAUCAGGAGGAGAGAAGAAGAGGGUGAGCAUAGGACAAGAGAUGCUAAUCAACCCGAGCUUACUACUACUAGAUGAGCCUACAUCAGGUUUGGACUCAACCACAGCUCAGCGAAUUCUUACAACGAUCAAAAGGUUAGCUGAAGGGGGAAGAACAGUAGUUACCACCAUUCACCAGCCUUCAAGCCGAUUGUACCACAUGUUUGAUAAGGUAGUUUUGCUCUCUGAGGGAUCUCCAAUCUAUUAUGGUCCUGCCUCUGCUGCCUUGGAAUACUUCUCCUCCGUCGGUUUCUCCACAUCCAUGACUGUCAAUCCAUCUGAUCUCUUACUUGAUCUCGCCAAUGGUAUUGCUCCUGAUAGGAAUGGAGGUGAGCAAGGUGAGAACAUGGAAAAGGAACAGAAGCUGGUGAAGGAAACUCUAAUUUCUGCUUACGAGAGGAACAUUUCAACAACUCUAAAAGCGGAGCUUUGCAACCUGGAUGUCAAUAGGUUCAGCCACAUAAAAGAUACCCCUGCAAGAAAAAAUACCAAUUCAGAGGAGUGGUCUACAAGCUGGUGGCAUCAGUUCAAGGUGCUAUUUCAGAGGGGCUUGAGGGAGCGGCGGUUUGAAUCAUUCAACAGGCUGAGAAUUUUCCAAGUCAUCAGUGUUGCAGUACUUGGCGGGCUCCUCUGGUGGCAAACCCCGACAUCUCACAUUGGGGACCGAACAGCAUUGCUGUUCUUCUUCUCGGUAUUUUGGGGCUUCUACCCUCUCUACAAUGCAGUUUUCACAUUUCCCCAAGAAAGGAGAAUGUUGAUCAAGGAGCGGGCAUCUGGAAUGUAUCAUCUCUCGUCCUACUUUCUAGCCAGAACCUUCGGAGACCUGCCAUUGGACCUUGCACUCCCUACAGCAUUUGUUUUCAUAAUCUAUUGGAUGGGUGGGCUUAAACCUGAUCCCAUAACUUUCGUGCUGUCCCUGAUUGUGGUUCUCUACAGUGUCCUGGUCUCCCAAAGUCUAGGAUUAGCCAUUGGUGCUAUUGUUAUGGACAUAAAACAAGCCACGACACUGGCAUCAGUUACAACUCUGGUCUUCCUCAUUGCUGGUGGUUACUACGUGCAACAAAUACCUCCAUUCAUUGUUUGGCUUAAGUACUUGAGCUACAGCUACUACUGCUACAAGCUUCUACUGGGAGUCCAAUACAAAGAAGAUGAUUACUAUGAGUGUUCCAAGGGAGUCCUGUGCCGGGUUGGAGAUUAUCCUGCGAUCAAAUCAAUGGGGCUGAACAAUUUGUGGAUGGAUGUGUGUGUUAUGGCCUUGAUGUUGGUAGGUUAUCGACUCAUUGCAUACUUUGCACUUCAUCGAGUACAGUUGAGGUGAAUUUAGCAAUGCUUUGCUUCUAGAAGAAAGACACUUUGAAGAGUUCUCUCGUCUUUCAACGGAGAAAUAAUGUUAGAUGUAGGCUGGGGACCAAGGUCUGAAGAUUUUGGUGAAUUUUUCCUCCCAGUUAAUGGAUGGUCAGACCUAUCUGUCAUACUUGGAUCUCAUAAUCCUAACUUAGGCAUAUUGAUACCGGAAUAAGCAUAUAAGAUACGGAUGUAACAAGGACAUCUCAUGUUGCUGGUAAAGGAGGAAAAGCAUAAAGUGUUUGGACAUUG